GCAACUAUGCUCUUCUUCUCUUCGCUCUAAAUCUCGGAUCGGAUUGAAGAUGGGUCGAAGGAGAUCCAGCCGGGUCAAUAUGAUCUCCAUAAUCUGUAUCUUCUUCUUCCUCGUUUCAUCUGCGCACUCUUUCUACCUCCCUGGUGUUGCUCCUCGAGAUUUUCCAGCAGGUGAUCUACUUUCUGUUAAAGUUAACAAGUUGUCUUCCACAAAGACUCAACUUCCAUAUGACUAUUACUACUUGCACUACUGCAAACCUUCCAAGAUUUUGAAUAGUGCAGAAAACUUGGGGGAGGUCCUUCGAGGUGACCGCAUAGAGAACUCAGUUUUUACUUUCCAUAUGAGACAGGAGCUGCCAUGCCAGGUGGCAUGUCGAGUAAAACUUGACAAUGAAGCUGCUAAGAACUUUAAAGAAAAAAUUGAUGAUGAAUAUAGGGUCAAUAUGAUUUUGGAUAACCUUCCAGUUGCUGUUCUUAGACAAAGGCGUGAUGUAACUCAGCCUAACACGUAUGAACAUGGUUUCCGUGUUGGGUUCAAGGGGAACUAUGCAGGGAGUAAAGUGGAGAAAUAUUUUAUAAAUAACCACUUGAGCUUUAGAGUUAUGUAUCACAAGGAUCCUGAAACUGAUACUGCUCGAAUAGUAGGAUUUGAAGUUACUCCAAACAGCAUUAAUCACGAGUAUAAGGAGUGGGAUGAGAAGAACCCCCAGGUGACAACCUGCACGCAGAAAACCAAAGAUAUGAUUCAAGGGAGUACUAUUCCCCAAGAAGUAGACACAGAUAAGGAGGUUAUUUUCACUUAUGAUGUGUCUUUCAAGGAAAGUGAUAUAAAAUGGGCUUCACGCUGGGAUACUUACCUUCUAAUGAAUGAUGAUCAGAUUCACUGGUUUUCCAUUAUCAAUUCUCUUAUGAUUGUUCUCUUCCUUUCUGGUAUGGUUGCCAUGAUUAUGAUGAGAACUCUCUACAAAGAUAUUGCAAAUUACAAUCAAUUGGAAACACAAGAUGAAGCUCAGGAAGAAACCGGAUGGAAACUUGUUCAUGGAGACGUGUUCAGGCCCCCUAUUAAUUCUGGAUUACUAUGUGUUUAUGUUGGGACUGGUGUUCAAAUAUUUGCAAUGACCCUUGUGACAAUGAUGUUUGCUGUACUGGGUUUCCUGUCACCUUCCAACCGAGGUGGGCUUAUGACUGCCAUGGUUCUACUGUGGGUCUUCAUGGGCUUAUUUGCUGGCUAUUCAUCAUCUCGUUUAUACAAAAUGUUUAAGGGCACAGAAUGGAAGAGGAUUACCUUGAAGACUGCUUUCAUGUUUCCUGGAAUUCUUUUUGCUGUCUUCUUUGUACUGAAUGCUCUGAUCUGGGGGGAGCAAUCUUCUGGAGCUGUUCCAUUUGGAACAAUGUUUGCUCUUGUUUGCUUAUGGUUUGGUAUCUCAGUUCCAUUAGUGUUUGUAGGCAGUUAUUUGGGUUAUAAAAAGCCAGCCACGGAAGACCCUGUAAAGACAAAUAAGAUCCCAAGGCAAAUACCUGAACAGGCAUGGUACAUGAAACCUGCCUUUUCUAUACUUAUCGGAGGCAUUCUUCCUUUUGGGGCUGUUUUCAUUGAGCUGUUCUUCAUCUUGACAUCCAUAUGGCUGAACCAGUUCUACUACAUCUUUGGCUUCCUUUUCAUAGUUUUCCUGAUCUUGCUGAUCACAUGUGCUGAGAUAACUGUUGUGCUCUGCUACUUCCAGUUGUGCAGUGAAGACUACUAUUGGUGGUGGAGGGCCUAUCUCACUGCCGGUUCCUCAGCUUUAUACCUUUUCCUUUACUCUAUUUUCUACUUCUUCACCAAGCUCGAAAUUACAAAGCUGGUCUCGGGCAUGUUAUAUUUCGGUUACAUGUUGAUUGCAUCAUAUGCCUUCUUCGUUUUAACUGGGACAAUUGGCUUUUAUGCAUGCUUCUGGUUUGUUCGUAAGAUCUACUCUUCUGUGAAGAUUGACUGAUGGCAACAAACUACUCAAUUACUAGUGUUGAUACUGAUGAAGUUGAUUGAUAAGUAGAGAAGGAAGCAUUUCCACAUUGAAGGACAGAAGUGCAGAUAGUCACGUUCGCCACUUAACUGGACGAGAACUAAAGGUACCGAGAAUUUGGGGUAUUGCCCAGGGCGUUUUCAUUUUCCAGUGCCAAGAUAGAGGCUUGGACUCUAGGUGUUAUAAUUUCGUUUUGGUUUACACUGUCAUUAUAUUUCUGAACUACACUUUUGACUAGCAAUUUGUGUGGCAGAGAUUUUCUUGCCCUUAGGAUUUAUCAACUUGUGGAUUAAUAUAGAAUUGUGCUCUUCUUUAUGAAUA